GUUUUUGGGGACCAAAAUCGGCCGAGGAUGAUGGUGGCGAGUUGGAUCAGUGCGAUGGCCUGCCUGUUGGCGGCGAUCAACCAAGUGGCAUAUGCAGAUGUCGAAACCCACGAGUACGAGCCGAAGGACGAGGUGGUCGCAUGGGUCAACAAGAUCGGGCCAUUCAACAACCCGCAGGAAACGUAUACAUACAAUUCACUUCCGUUUUGCAAGGCUGAUGGUCUCGAGCUGCCGGAGGCCCAUGCGUUGGGCAUCGGUGAGAUCCUGGAAGGCAAUGAACUGUUCAAUUCCGGCAUGCAGUUGCAAUUUGGCGUCGAUUCGCCCAAGACGACGUUGUGCUCCCAGGUGUUUUCUGGCACGGAAGCGCAGAAGUUCAUCGAUGCCGUGGACGAGCAUUAUUGGUACCAGAUGAGCGUGGACGACCUGCCCGUGUGGGGCCUCGUCGGCCGCGUGGUCGCGGCCGACGACGACCCCGACAUCCUCAACGAGUUCUCCGUUGGCGACCGCUUGAUCUACACGCACAAGCGCUUUAGCAUUUCACACAACGGGCCCAACAUCAUCCAUGUCAACUUGAGCUACGCCGAAGUCGCGACGACUAUCCAAGCCAACAAGAAGAUCGAAUUCACAUACGAAGUGACGUGGACGCCGACGUCGAUUGAGUUUGACGAUCGCUUUGAUCGGUACUUGGAAGACGAAUUCUUCGAGCACCAGAUCCACUGGUUCAGUAUCUUCAACUCGUUCAUGAUGGUCAUCUUUCUCUGCGGCCUCGUGGCGCUCAUCCUUCUGCGCACGCUGCGCCAAGACUAUGCCAAGUUUGCCGCCGACGACGACGAGCUGCUGCUGGAACCCGGGCAAACCAGCUCCAUGCUCAAGGACGAGGGGUCUUCCGGGUGGAAACUCCUCCAUGGGGACGUGUUCCGCGCGCCGCGACACCUGCUUCUGUUCUGCGCGCUCCUGGGCACAGGCGCCCAGUUGCUGGUGCUGACAUUCCUUGUGAUUGUCAUCUCAAUCGUGAGCUCUCUCUACAUGAAGCCCGGCGGCGUCGUGUCGGUGGGCUUGACAUGCUACGCGCUGUCGUCGCUCGCCAACGGCUGGGCCAGCGGCGCAUCGUACCAUCAGUUCUUCUACCCCCGGGUAUCGAAAGACUGGAUCAAGGCGAUGCUGCUCUCGGCGGGGUUGCUGCCGUCUGUGGUGUUUGUCUCAAUCUUCUUGAUCAACUUGACGUCUAUUGCGUACGGCACCACGUACGCCAUCCCGUUCGUGACCAUCGUGCAAGUGAUCCUCGUCUGGUUCUUUGUGUCGUGCCCGCUGUCGGUACUCGGGACGAUCUUGGGCCGCCACGGCGCCGCCAAGCGCGGGUUCCCUUGUCGUGUCAACAAGUUCCCGCGGGAAAUCCCCCCCGCGCGGUGGUACCUUCGCCCCGCCGUACGAGCUAGCCACACGUAUUUCUUGCACCUUGUCACACAUAAUGUCGUAGGUACUGGGGCUGCUCACGGGGGUGCUGCCGUUUGGGUCGAUCUUCAUCGAGAUGUACUUUAUCUUUGCCUCGUUUUGGAACUACAAGUUCUAUUACGUGUACGGGUUUAUGCUGCUUGUGUUUGUGAUCCUGUCGAUUGUGACACUGUGCGUGACGAUCGUGUGUACGUACUUUCUCCUGAACGCGGAAAACUACCACUACCACUGGACGUCGUUCUACGCCGCGGGCAGUACGGCGCUGUACGUGUUUGUGUACUCGGUCUACUUUUACUUUUGCAAGACGCACAUGUCGGGGUUCCUGCAAACGAGUUUCUACUUUGGCUAUAUGGCGCUGUUUUGCUUUGCAUUUUUCAUCAUGUGCGGGACCAUUGGGUACUUUGGCAGCAGCGCCUUCACCAAGAGAAUAUACAGAAACAUCAAGGUCGAGUAGACCCAGUCCAGGACGUCCGGCAUGCGACAACGUUUGGACUCGAGCCACUGUAGCCAAGCACGUCCGAUCGAUCGCGGAUAACCCAACAUAUUAUUUGCACAUUCCGAAAUGUCUUCAGGAAAUGGCAGAAAAUGGCCGUUUUUCGAAGAAAAGUUGCCAAAAUCGAACGAUUCCUUUUUUCCUGAA